AUGACUAGACUGAGUGCAGGGUUAAGCCCAAAGGGCACGGAUCGUAUAUCAAGUGGAAGGUCUGCUUCUCAGAGCUAUCCACCUUCGCUGACGGAAGGGUCCACAAAUAAAUCGGUCGUGGUAAACCAGCCGUCUCAUGACACAGGAUCCACGAAUAGUACCAGGGCUGGCUCUGGAGAAAACAAACCGUACAACUAUAACCCAAAUACCCAGAAGAGUUCUUCUGCCUACAUUUCGGCGCCCAGAAUACUAGAGACCUCGUCACAGAUCGGUGGUACCUUCCAUAUCCAUCGUAGGGCUGGUAUUCCUAGCGAACCUCUUGCCAUAUCCGGUGCUAUCACACAUAAAGGACGUUCAUUUGGCCAAAGUCAUUGGAUCAAUAUGAUUUCCCUAUUUGAGGACAUCUGUGGGACUGUUGAGCGGCAUUUGCAAUAUGACCAAUCUGUCACUCUUUCCAAUGUUGAAAAGUGCAAGGCUUUGGCCAGAACUAUCAAAUCGCGACGUAUACCUACGGGCCCUAUUCGUCUCACGUCAGAUCUCCCCUCCAAAAAGGUGUCUGACGAGCUCGUGGACUGCUACAUCCAGACAAUUGAGUCUAUAUACCGAAUUCUCCACAUUCCAACCUUCAAGAUGGAUUACGAAGCACUAUUCCUAUCCGCGGACGAGACUGCACCCGACAUCACAUUCCUAGCUCAAGUUAAACUAGUACUUGCUAUUGGUGCGGUUACCUACGAUAAGAACUUCUCGCUACGCGUUCUGGCAACUAGAUGGAUAUAUGAGACCCAAGCUUGGCUUUUCAGUCCUACAUUUAAAUCACGAUUCAAUAUUCAAUCAUUGCAAUCCUAUCUGUUACUUCUGUUUGCCCAAGAAAUGGUGGGCAUUGACGGAGAUCCGAUGUGGGUUUCAGUCGGCACCUUAUUGAGGAGAGCAAUCUAUAUGGGGCUACACAAAGACCCCGAUGGAAUGCCCGGGGACGAUGGAAAGCCUGGAAAUACCCUGUUUGUGACAGAAAUGCGUCGUAGGAUCUGGAAUACAAUCCUUGAAGUUUGCCUUCAGUCAAGUUUAACUUCCGGAGGGCCCCCAUUAUUCUCUCUUGACGAUUUUGACACAAAGCCUCCAAGAAAUUUUGACGAUAAACAAAUCAAGGACUCUGCUGCCAUACAAAAAGAUGAAUUUACCCAAGCAUCUAUCUCUAUAGCUCUUCGUGAGACUUUGCCUCAGCGCUUAGCGGUAAUAACCUUUCUUAAUAGUCACGGUUCCUCACUUUCGUCGUGCACCUACGAAGUAAUUCUUCAACUUGAUAAGGAGCUCCGAUCAGGCUAUAAGUCUUUAUGUAAGACUAUUCAAGACUAUACCCGCAGUCCUUACCCUUCCUCUCUAUUUGAAUUUCGCACAGUCGAUUUAAUCAUGCAACAAUAUCUCUUAUGUCUUCAUGUGCCCUUUUUUGGCCUAUCGUCGGCUUAUGCAUUCACGAGAAAGGUCACUGUUGAGGCUGCUUUUAAAAUAUGGCAUAGCACUUAUCAGACUUUGCCUUUUGUUACUUCUCGGCCUAAUGAAUGUCCUCGCUCCUCGACUCGUGAUCAUUCAACGCUCCUAGCAACUUGCGGCUCAGGAUUUUAUCGAACCAUCAUGCUUCAGGCUGCUCUAGUGAUAGCGGCGGAACUUAGAUCACAGAUUCGGAAUAGCGAAAGCCUAGGCCCAAUACCUUUAAGCCAAGAUCUGUUUACGGUGCUGGAAAAUGCAAAGGCAUGGUCUAUCCAGUCACUUCUGAAAGAUCCAACAGAAGAUUACAUUCCUGGGACUUUAAUAGGCGCUCUUGAAGAUGCAUCCGCAGCGUCACUGUCUAUUCUUAAUGGUGUGGCUACCCUGGACCCUGUUGGGAACUCCACUGAUACGCUUCACGAAAUGCCGCUGGACAAUAUGAGUGACGUAACAGAAGAUUGGAGAUUUAUGGUGGCCGAUUCAAUAUUCAAUCUAGACUGUAGUUCCGAUAUUAUGCACUCGCUAUUCGGAACCGCCCACACAGCACGGUAG